UUUUUUUCUCCAAAAGGACGUGGUUUUGGGAUAGUCAAACCGCGUGCCCCUACUGGGAAGAAUCAACGGCCCGCCCUUCUGUCCAUGGCAGACGACUUGGUUACGGCUCAAUUGCCAAGUCAACCGCUAAUGCCAUCCUCAUUGUUAGCUUAUUCUACAGCCACCACCAUGCGUCCUGUAAUGAAGGAUAACGGAGCAUACACCACCACCACCACUGCCGCCGUGAUAUUUUCUUAUAAUUUUCAUUCAAAUUUUACACAACCAUCUACCAUUUUCAUCAUCUUUGGCCUAUUGCUGUUGUUGGGUCCUUUAAUAUUUUGUCUUGCAGCUGCAGCUACAACUGCAAGGGAUACUAUAACAACAGGCAAUCCAAUUCAUGAUAUCUAUGGCGAAACUCUCAUCUCACCUGGCAACAAAUUCCAACUUGGUUUCUUUUCCACUAUGGGAGAAUCCGGCUACGUAGCCAGAUACAUAGGAAUAUGGUAUUACAUGUUGAACCCAUCGACAAUUGUGUGGGUUGCCAACCGUGACAGCCCGCUAUUCAGUACAACUGGCGUUUUCACCAUUGCAGAAUAUGAUGGCAACCUCGACCUCAAGGUCAUGGACGGAAAUUCCAUUUAUUUCAGUACAGGUCUUACAAUCUCAGCAUCUUUGUCCAAUAGGACAACAGUAAAGCUCUUGGACUCUGGGAACUUGGUUUUGAGCGAUGAUCUAUCGGGGAAGGUACUAUGGCAGAGUUUUGAUCAUCCAACCGAUACCUUCCUUCCCGGUAUGAUGAUGGACGAUAAUCUAAAUUUGACUUCAUGGAAAAGGGGCAACGACCCGGCAAGCGGAAAUUUUACUUUCGGGAAAGAUCAAUCAAAUAAUUACAUCAUUUGGCAAAGAAGCAAGAUGUACUGGAGAAGUGGAGGGUCUGGUAUCUUUAACAGUUCCGAUCAGAAAUUGCUAUACAAAAUAGCCCCACUGUUAUCAAAUUCUAGCAAUGGUAAGAACAGAACAGAUUAUGGUAAGAGUUUAACUGUCUCACCAGUUUUAAUAGACAAUAUUACGAGGUUGGUGAUGAGUUUUUCCGGGGAACUACAGCUUUUCAAUUGGGAUAAUGGACAGUGGUCUUUGAUAUGGUCAGAACCGCGAGACAAGUGCAGUGUGUAUAAUGCUUGUGGGGAUUUUGGAAGCUGUAAUAGUGAGAAUAGUGGAGUGAAGUACUGUAAGUGUUUGCCGGGUUUUGAUCCGAACUCACCAGAUGAAUGGAAUUCUGGUGAAUUUUCAAGCGGGUGUACUAGGAAGACAACUAUGUGCUUGACGGAUAAGAAGUACACAUUCUUGAAGUUGAAGAUGAUGAAAGUGGAAGAUCCAGACUCAUCAUUUGAGGCGAAAAGUGAGCAGGAUUGCGAAAGCGAGUGUGGGAGAUUGCAAUUGCCAGGCGUAUUCUUAUAUCGCAUCAUCUGCGCAAAGAGUCACUAGUACAAACUCAUCUGGGUGCAGAAUUUGGACCUCCA